AUGUGCUGUUACUUUUUGCUUAAAAGGAGCUGUCAAAUUUAUAUAUACUGCAUUUAUUUCCUCUUUAGAUGGGGUAUCUUGUUCUCACACCCACGUGACUUCACUCCAGUAUGUACGACCGAACUAGCCCGUGCUGCGAAGCUUCAUGAUGAGGUUAAGAAACGUGAUGUGAAGAUGAUCGCGUUGUCCAUUGACAGCGUGGAAGACCACCGCAAAUGGAGUGAGGACAUUAUGUCAUUUAACCAAGACAAAACGUGCUGUCCCGUGCCGUUCCCCAUCAUAGCAGAUGACAAGAGGGAGUUAUCAGUCUUACUGGGGAUGCUGGACCCUGAUGAGAGGGAUAAAGACGGGAUGCCCCUCACAGCCCGCUGUGUGUUCGUCGUUGGCCCUGACAAGAGGCUGAAGCUGUCCAUUCUCUAUCCAGCCACUACAGGGCGCAAUUUUGAUGAGAUUCUCCGUGUCAUAGACUCUCUGCAGUUGACGGCAACAAAGAAGGUGGCCACACCUGUAGACUGGCAGCCUGGACAAGAAGUCAUGGUCAUCCCUUCUCUGUCAGAUGAAGAGGCCAACAAACUUUUCCCAGCAGGUUUUACCCUCAAAGAGGUGCCUUCUGGGAAAAAAUACAUGCGCUACACUAAACCGUAACUGAUAUAUUGGGGCAAUACUUUAGAAAUGGCACUUAACUGACAUCAUAUUUUUAGUCCACUUGAUGUGGUGUGUUCUCUCACUUUGACUAAGUGACCCAUCACCUGCUACUAUCCAGAGGGAGAAAUCAUCAGAAUUUAGCAUCAAAAUGUCAUUACAAUCAAUAUAAUUAUUGUAUUGUGCCUUAAUCUCAAUAAAACUAUGAUCCUUUUGUAAUUUAAAAA